CAUCGGUGGCCACCCACCCACUGAACCCCCCAAAAUCCAACACAAUUAAAGUGUUUCUUCAUUCCAAUCACUCUCCUUCCCCUUCUUUCCCCCUCAUUUUCCACCCAAACAAACCGACGCCCUCCAUCUCUUUUGACCAAAUCUCCAACUCUUCAUCUCCCAAACCCCACAUGGGUCUCGCAGAGCUCGGUAACGCUGGCCUCCGUUUAGGCCUUGGCACUGGGCCGGCGGCCGGAAGUCCGUCCAGGGCCUGGUGGUGUCAAACGCCGGAAAAGCCGUGUCCAAAGCUCGAUGUUCCUUGGCUGGGGAAGGCGGCGGCGGCGGGUUUGGAGCCGGCGCUGACUUUGGGGCUCGGUGGAGAGACCUGUAAUCAACUCUCCGACGAGGCUGUCUCAUCGUUUUCGAAUGGUAGUGUUAAGAGGGAGCGCGAGCUGGGCAGUGAUGAGGCUGAGAUAGAGAGGGUUUCUUCGAGAAUAGUAAUAAGCGAUGAAGAUGACGACGGUGCUAAUGCAAGGAAGAAGCUUAGACUCAACAAAGACCAAUCUGCGGUUCUAGAGGAAAGCUUCAAGCGUCAUAGCACCCUCAAUCCUCGACAAAAGCAAGAGCUAUCAAGGAAGCUGAAUCUGAGGCCGAGACAAGUUGAAGUUUGGUUUCAGAACAGGCGAGCAAGAACAAAGCUUAAGCAAACUGAGGUGGACUGCGAGUUAUUGAAGAAAUGCUGCGAGAAACUGAGGGACGAGAACAAGAGGUUACAGAAGGAGGUACAAGAGCUCAAGGCGCUGAAACUGGCCCAUCCCUUAUACAUGCAGCUGCCGGCGGCGACGCUCUCCAUUUGCCCGUCCUGCGAGAGAACCGUCGCCGGCGGGGACAACACUUCGAGGAGCCAGUUUUUGAUGCCUCCCAAGACUCACCUCUUUCCUCCCUUCAAUCCCUCAGCAGCCUGUUAAAAGUUGUUAGAAUUAGUAUAAAAAAGCUAAAAUUCUCAGAGUAUAUAUAUAUAUAUAUAUAUGUGUGUGUGUGUGUGUGUGUGUGUGAAAUGAGUAAAGGUUCUAACUAAAUUUAGUGAUAUUUGUAGGAAAUAUAAAUUAUCAGUUAUGAUUAAGUCUGUAAAUAUCUGUGAUGGGAUUACUAUGAUCAAUCUGCUCCUUAUCUUUAUAUAGAGUAUGCUUCCUUUUAUUUUGUUCUUACGAUCUUUAUA